AUGGGCCGGGAGAUGGUAACUUCCCCUGGGGCAGGCGAAGGGCGGCAGUCGCAGGUCCCCAGGCUAGUAAUCACACGCAUGGAGCUUGUGAACUUCAAGUCCUAUGCCGGCACAAAAUCCAUAGGCCCCUUUCACAAGUGCUUCUCUUCUGUUGUUGGUCCAAAUGGGAGCGGGAAGUCGAACGUCAUCGACGCCAUGCUCUUUGUUUUUGGGAAGAAGGCAAAGCAGCUACGGCUCAACAAAGUCUCGGAGCUGAUCCACAACUCGACAAACCAUCAGAACCUGCCUUAUGCAGAGGUCUCGGUAUACUUCCAGAUGAUCGUUGACUUGGAUGAUGAGAACUCAGAGCCCGUGCCGGGGACUGAGCUCGUGGUAACUAGGCGCGCCAACCGGGACAACAGUUCUAAGUACAUGAUCAACGGCAGGAACAGCACGUUCACAGAGGUCACGGAACUGCUCAAAGGGAAGGGCAUCGACCUUGACAACAACCGCUUCCUGAUCCUCCAGGGCGAGGUGGAGCAGAUUGCCAUGAUGAAGCCCAAGGCGCAAGGCCCCCACGACGAGGGCCUCCUCGAGUACCUCUCAGACAUCAUCGGCUGCGACCACUACAACGAGCGCAUCGACCAGGCCAGCCAAAAGGUCGAGCAACUGAGCGAGGAGCGCACAGGGAAGCUCCAGCAUGUCAAGAUUGCGGAGAAGCAGAUGUCCAGCCUCGAGGGCGCCAAGACUGAGGCGGAGCUGUUCAUCCGGAAGGAGUCGGAGCUGCUCCAGGCUAAGGUAAUCGACCUGCAGCUGUGCCUGGAGGAGAACGAGCGCGCGCUCGUGACCAAUAAGGCCAACCAGGCCGCACUUGAGAAGAAGCUCGAGGAGGAACGCGCCAAGCGGGCCGACGACGAAGCGCAGGCCAAGGUACUGGAGAAGGAGUUUACCGUCCACCGGAAGGCCUUCGAGAAAAUCGAGAAGGAGCUGGACAGCGCCAAGGAGCAGUUCGCCGAGUUCGAGCGCAAGGACGUCAAACUCCGCGAGGAUCUGAAGCACCUCAAGGAGAAGCUGAAGAAGCUCGACCAGAAAGCCAAAAAGGACGUCCAAAAGCGGGCAGAGCUGGAGAAGGAGUCUGCGGACGCUGUGGAAAGCAUCCCGCGGCUCGAGGGGGAGCACGCGCAACUGGUAGCGGACCUGCCGGCGCAGGAGAAGCUGCUCGACGAGUACAAGGAGAAAGCCAAAGCCGAGAUGGAGCAGUACCGUGAAAAGCUGCAGGCGGUGCAUGGGGAGCUGGAGCCGUUCGAGAAGGACAUGAGUGAAACCAAGGCCAGGAUGGACGUCGCGACGGCCGAGCGGAACCUGCUCGUCGAGAAACACGCCUCUGCCGAAAAGGCCUUUGCAGACGCGUCUGCCUCUCGGACGGAAACGGAGGCGCGCAUUGCGGACACCGAGAAGGAGAUCCGGACCAUCUCGGGCAGCCUGCAGCAGAAAAAGGCCGAUGCAACGGCGGCUCGUGACGAGGAGAAGGCUUGCCAAGCGUCCGAAGCCGCGGUCUCGUCCGAGGUCCAGAUGCUGCGCGGACGGGUCGGCGAGCUGCGCUCCGCUCGCGACUCGGAGCAGAGCCGGGGCAGAAUCUCCCAGGCGUUUACCGCGGCCAAAAGAGAGGGGCGCCUGCCCGGGUUCCUCGGCCGGUUGGGGGAGCUAGGCGCAAUCAACGCCAAGUAUGACGUGGCCAUCUCUACCGGGUGCUCCCAGCUGGACGCGUUUCUGGUCGACAAUGCGGCUACCGCGCAGGCGUGCAUCAAGAUCCUUAAGGAACAGCAGUUGGGCAUCGCUACCUUCAUAGCGCUGGACAAGCAGCAGCACUUCCAGGCCGCCAUGAACGACCCGGUGCAAACCCCCGAGCACGCCCCCCGCCUCUUCGACCUCAUCACCUUUGCGGCCGAGCGGGUGAAGCCCGCCUUCUGGUACGCCCUGCGCAAUACGCUGGUCGCGGACAAUUUGGACCAAGCGCAGCGGAUAGCGUAUGGGCCCGACAAGCGCUUCCGACGGGUGGUCACGCUGCAGGGGCAGGUGAUUGAGAGCAGCGGGACUAUGUCCGGCGGCGGCAAACCCCAGAGCGGCAAAAUGGGCUCGCGGCUGGACAAGGGUUUGGGGGUUUCGGACCGCGAGCUCGAGACGUUGGAGCGCCAACUGGCGGACAAGACGGCGCAGCUGGAGGAAUUCCGGGCGCGGGGGCAGGCGGCCGGAACGGCGGCGGAACGGGCGGAACGGGAGCUGGCGGAGCUGGAGAUGCGGCUGCCCAAGGCGAAGCUCGAGUUGGACGCUCUCCGGACGCAGCUUUCGGACCUGUCGCGGCGACUGGCGGGCCUCGAGGCGGCUGCGCACCCAAGCGAAGAAGAACUAGAGCGGGUGACGCAGCUGGGGCAGGCGGUCACAGCGGAAGAGAAGGCGCUCGCAAAGGUUGAGAAGGCCUCCGCCCAUCUGCGAAAGAAGGCGGAGGAGAUCCAGUCUCAGAUGGACAACGCCGGUGGGGACGAGCUCAAGCGACAGAAGGAGAAGGUCGAGAAAUUGCAGGCGAAUAUCGACGGCACUUCGACCGAGAUCAACCGCCUCAAAGUGCUGAUCAAGACGCACGCCAAGGCGGGCGAGCGGCUGGCGAAGGCGGCAGAGGACGCGGAGAAGGAGCGGGUCAAGCUGACGUCACAGAUGGAGGUGGUGACGUCAGAGCUGCGCGGGCUGGAGCAGGAGGCGCUCAAGGUCAAGGACAGCUACGAGAAGACGCAGGAGGUGUUGGAGUCGAAGCGCGGCGAGAUGGAGUCGUUGCAGCGCGAGUACGCGCGGUGCAAGGCGGUGGUGGAGAGCUUCCGGCUGGGGGAGGUGGACCUGCUGACGCAACUCGAGGACGCGGCCGUGCUCGUGCAGGGCGCGGCCGCGAAGGCCAAGGCGCUCGAGAAGGCGCUCGCUGGCGUGCGCAAGAAGCAGGAGCAGCAUCGGACGACGCUCGAUCUGUCGGAAGAAGAGGCCGCGGCGUUGCUGGCCCCCCCGCCUGCGGAGGACGCCGCCCCCGAGACGCAAGAAGACGUGCGCGAGCGCAUCCAGAAACUAGAGGCGGAACUCAACGGGAUGAAGCCGAACAUGGCGUCCAUUGCAGAGUACCGCAAGAAGGAGGCCGACUACACGGCGCGCGUGCGCGACCUGGAUGCGGUGACGUCAGCGCGCGACGAGGCGCGCAAGGAGCACACGGAGCUGCGCAAGACGCGGCUGGACGAGUUCAUGGCGGGCUUCAACGUCAUCACCAUGAAGCUCAAGGAGAUGUACCAGAUGAUUACGCUAGGGGGCGAUGCAGAGUUGGAGUUGGUGGACUCGCUGGACCCCUUCUCGGAGGGUAUCGUGUUCAGCGUGCGGCCCCCCAAGAAGAGCUGGAAGAACAUCUCCAAUCUGUCCGGGGGGGAGAAGACCCUAAGCAGCCUCGCCUUGGUGUUCGCCCUGCAUCACUACAAGCCCACGCCUCUGUACGUCAUGGACGAGAUCGACGCCGCUCUUGACUUCAAAAACGUAUCCAUCGUCGCCCACUACAUCAAAGACAGGACCAAGGAUGCCCAGUUCAUCAUCAUCAGCCUCCGAAACAACAUGUUCGAGCUGGCGGACAGACUGGUGGGCAUCUACAAGACGGACAACUGCACCAAAAGCAUCACCAUCAACCCGCGCAGCUUUGCAGUUGCGGCGGCUACCUGAUCGACUAGAGUGCAGUCUAUCCGUAGAAGACGAUGUGCAGAGUAUCUGGAGUGCUUUGCGAGCGUGUUCACUUGGUCACGUGGAGUAGGUUCUACGUAUGUACAUUAGCUGAUUGUGUAGUUGCUUCAAUACAUUCCUAUGGUAUUACUGUCGGACAGCUUAAGCUGCAAUAAUUCAAUGGCGGGUUAUCCGCAAA